GGCUCCUUGUUGAUAUUAAUAGAGCUGCAGCUGUGUCUCCCUGUUGUGACGUCAUGCCUCCAGCGAAAACGGCAGAGAUGUCCUGUCACAGCAAAAGCGACAACAUCUCUACUCCGAACUAAAAAUAACAACAACAACAAACAGGGAGCUACUCCUCAUGUCGGCCAGGUAACACGGAUCUACUGUAAAUUCCCCUCAAACCAGCCCGAUUGGGAUGUCCUACAAACUCUUCAUAAACGAUAUAAAAACAAUGAGUCACCCAGCACGCAUCUAUCAACAUGUAAACCGACAAAGAAUGAGACUGAGCAGCCUUUUUACUCCUGGCUUGCCCCCCUCGAGGCUAGCCUCCAUCUUUAGCAUGGAGCUAAAAAAAAGAAGCUAAUGUUUUGUUUUCCGGAUCAACAGAUGUUUAAGACGGCCGUUUUGUUGAAAAAUUGACGUGUGAGGACCACGGAUCGCCACCUGUUUUAAGACCCCUACGGGUCUACGGCGCCUUCCAACAAGGUGCGACGCCUUACAGCAGCAGCGACAGGGAUGGACUGGAGCCUGAGGAUUCUAUGUGGAGUUUAAGACCCUCCUAAAGUCCCCAUCGCCCAAAAUAAAAUUAUAGAAGCUGAAACUUUGGCCACCAUGUACCUGUGUGGAGUUAUGCAGGCCUACUGAGAAGGAUUGCUUGGAUUAAGUGAGAGCGCCACGCCUGCUUUUUUUCUGCUUCCUGUCAUCGGAGCAGAGCCUCUGGGGCCCAACUGAGCCGAUUGAACAGAACCGAUGCCCAGGCCCGGAGUCAGGCAUGUUGUUUUUAUAACCUGAUGACCAGCAGAGCGAUGGUGAGGAAGAAGAAUCCCCCUAUCCGCAGCGUGGGAGGUGAGGAGGAGGAGGAAGAGGAAGAGGGGAGCAGGCCGGCAGGCGACGAGGAGGAGGACGGCGAGGAGGACGAGGGGCACGUGGGAGCUGAGGCCGACCGAAUAAGCCGCCCGUCGGAACCCGAGGAGCGAGUCCGGGGUGAUGAGGAGCCCGAUGAAGAGGAGGAGGAGGAAGGAGAAAGUGAGUGCAUUUCCUCGUCUCUCUCGCCCUCAUCCGUUGGCAACGAGGAGCGAGUUGGGAGGAGGGGAGGAGGAGGGAGGUCUUCGCAAGUAGGACCGAGAGCGGCCGAGUCGGACUCAGAAGACAAGGUGGGCAAAGGCGAGCCCCCUGGGCCGGACGUAGGCAGGGAGGAGUUGGCCCCGGACACGCCACCGCUCUCCUCCAGUCCCUCCCCCAAGCUGCAGGACUACAAAUGCAACGUGUGUGGUUACGGUUACUACGGCAACGACCCCGCCGACCUGGUGAAGCACUUUAGGAAGUAUCACCUCGGCCUGCACAACCGCACACGGCAGGACGCUGCCCUCGACACACACAUCCUGGCUCUCCACAACAUGGCGCCCCCGCACACACCACUAGUCAUGCAGACAGGAGAGGGGCCUAAGAACCAAGCCAAAGAGUCCGGCAAGAACAGACCAGAGCUUCACCAUCAGCAGCACAGGACAGUGGUGAUGAACGGCACAUAUGACAUCCAGGUGACGUUGGGUAGCACACUUAUCGGAAUCGGCCGCAAAACCUCCGACUGCCAGGGCAACACAAAGUACUUCCGAUGUAAAUUCUGCAACUUCACGUACAUGGGCAGCAAUUCCAUCGAACUGGAGCAGCACUUCCUGUCCUCACACCCCAAUAAAGCAAAGACCUCACCACCCGCGCCGCCGCUGAUCAAUGACUGCCAGAGCAAAGGAAGAAGUCCGAUACCGGACGGGGCGGAGCGAGUGGCGGUUCGAGCGGAGGACGACUCCCUUGUGGGUUAUUCCAUCCCAAUCCGGGCGGAUUCCUCGGGGUGGCCGGCGGAAGGGACACGGGCGUACUACUGGUGCAAGUGCUGCAGCUGGAGCUGCGAGUGGUCGGGAGGCUCGGGCAAGCUUUUGGAGCACUAUGAGCAACGACACAGGAUGACCACGACGAGCCCCAACGACUCCAGGAGGGAAGGGGAAAGAGACCCCCUGCUUUCCAAAAGCCGCAAGGAUGUGUCAUCCAGUUCCAACCAAGGCGAUGCCAACAGCGGCGACGCCGAGGCAGUGGUGACCAGCUACAACUGCCAGUUGUGUGAUUUCCGCUACUCCAUGGCGCACGCCGGCGACGUGAUCGUGGUGGCGCCGUUGCUGCUACACUACCAGCACAACCACUCCAUCCAUCGUUGCUGUAUCCAGCACUGCAUGUACUGCCCGCAGGGUCUUUGUCAGCCUCAAAAGCACUUGGGAGAGGUCUCCCACCCCUUUGCCUGCCGAAAGUCCACCUGUCCAAAAUGUUGUACCAAAUUCCCGCCGUCCACCAAACAACAAGAAACGAGCGGGUCAACGCCACCUCCUUAUCCCAGAAGCGACCCCAGUGUGACAUCCGCUUCCAGUGUUCACUCCUCGACCUCAGUUGCCUCGCAAGGUGUCACUCAUCUGUGCGACCAAUGCGCCUUCGCCACCGCCGACAUUGACGUGCUGCUGCAGCAUUAUGAUAGUUGCCACAGCAUAAUCAACCUAAAGGGGACGCCGCCAAACGUCAAGGCUGAGGAACAGGAAGGCAGCGGAGGUGGCGGUCCGGACAAAGAGGCUAGCCGGGAGUACUCAUGCACAAAGUGCCACUUUAUUACAGAAGUGGAGGAGGAGAUCUUUAGACACUACAGGCGUGUCCACGCGUGCUGUCGCUGUCGCCACUGCGACUUCACGGCGCCCGAUUCGUCGGCGCUCCUCGACCAUUUCAACUCGGCCCACUGCCACGACGCUUCGCUGUCGGCGACUUCGCUCACUCCGUCUCUGACGCCGUCAGCCAACGGCUGCUCUGCGCCUUCCACGUUGGCAAUCAAGGAGGAGAGUAAAGGGGAUCUGCGCCUCCUCUACUCGCUAGCGCCACCUGAGGGACGCCUUGCUGAGGGGGGCCGCGAAGAGAUCGUCAAGAGCGAGGAGAAGGACAGAGAGCAUGAGAAAGGUUGGGUGCUCGGAGAAACGAGAAGUGGUGAACAAGCCCACGGUCUGCUUUGGGUGCCCAAGGAGCGCAUGGGACCAGAACCGUCGCUGUUCCCCUCACCUCUCUCCGUGGCGUUUGUUUCCGCCAACCACGAAGCCUCGCAUCAGAAGCGAACCGGCGGCGUGGCCUCACCCAGCAUGGUCUACCUAGGAGAUACCAAGUCGUUUUUGGGUGACGCCAAGCUGUACGGAGGAGGAGGUCGACCAGGCGGAGGAGCUGCUGCCAGCGGAGGGGAGAAAAUUAGCCAGGUGCCAUCCCAGCAAUAUACAGGAGGAGGAUCAGGAGGAGGAAGUGGAGGAGUUCAGGAGGUCAAAGGAGGAGCUGCUAAAGAAGAGUCCCAGUCACUGCUACGGCGACGAAGAGGCAGUGGGGUCUUUUGCGCCAACUGUUUGACCACCAAGACGUCGCUGUGGAGAAAGAACGCCAACGGCGGCUACGUCUGCAACGCCUGCGGCCUCUAUCAAAAGUUGCAUUCGACGCCCCGACCUCUGAACAUCAUCAAGCAAAACAACGGUGAGCAAAUCAUCCGCCGGCGCACGCGCAAACGCCUCAAUCCGGACACGUUGCCGCCCGAAAACCCCGCCCCCAAGCAGCAACGCGCCGCCGUCGAGGAGCGCGUCAACGGCGACGAGUCUGACCGGAGCUGCGCGUCGGUCAAGAGCCAGCAACAGCAGCCGUCGCCUCGUUCGCGUUCGCCGCGCUCCACGCAGGCCUUCCUAGCCAACCAGACGCUGGAGAUCCACCGCCGCAUGCCGCCGCUGUUGCUUCCGGCACACCCAGCCUCUUCGGAGGUGGCGGAGGUGCUGGCCAAAGUCGAAGCGGGGAAAGUCGCUUCUGGCGGGGGAUCGGAAAGAGGAAGUCCCAUCGAGAAGUACAUGCGGCCGUCCAAACCGUCCAGCUACUCUCCUCCGGGUUCACCUAUUGAGAAGUACCAGUACCCUUUGUUCCCCGUGCCGCUUCCCCUAACCCUUUCGCCGGACUUGACGCCUGAGUCCGACUGGCUGCGAUUCUGGACCAAAUACAAGAUGGCUGCGGCCUCCGGCAUGGGCAACCUGGGCGGUGCAGCAGGUCUUGCUAACAAUGCCCACUACCUGGGCGCCAUGGUGGCACCGGUGCAGCAGCACCACCCGCCCAGUUACACGGUCCCUUACUGCGCCUCGCCAUACUCGCCGCUUCCACCACCUCCCGCCCCGCCACAGUACCCACCUACACCGCUCCACCCUCAAACCCCGUCGUCGUCAUCCGCAGAGACUGACGCGCCUUUGGACCUCGCCAUACGCCAGCGGGAGGCCGGCGAUCGCACGGAAAAGCGGAAACGGGAAUCGCCGUCAACCGAGAGUCGGAAAGGAGAUGACGAAGAAGCCAAUGCCCAGAACUCAUCGGCCCGGGCCACGGUCGAUGUCGCUACACAAGACGAUCCCACCAACCGUUGCCUGCACUGCGGCAUCUACUUCCUGGACGAUGUCAUGUACGCGCUUCACAUGAGUUGCCACGGCGAGAAGGGAACUUUCCAGUGCAGCUUCUGCUUACACGUUUGCGCCGACCGCUAUGACUUCACCACGCAUAUACAGCGCGGGUUACACCGCUACACAGACAAAAAGACGCCAACGGAGGAUCAGGACGACUCCGCCUUGACGUCCGAGCCUCAACAUCGAGAUUCGGACCCGGAGCGUACGGAUUUGACAUCGAAGAAUAUAGAUUCGUCGGCAGAUUCGUCCGUCGAGGAAAAAAAUGGAGAUGCCGCAGAAAAAGACAUUUCCGGCCCAGAGGCCACGGAUGGAAACGAUGAAGGUAUCAAGACGCUGUCCGAAGGCAACAAGACUGCAUCCGAUGACGGCAAAGAGCCGAUGGACGAGGAGGACAUGGAGACUAAAUGACGCCAUGGAGAACAACUGGCGUAGUGCACAUAGCGCACUUCGGAAAAUAAUAAAAAGACCAACAAACACAUCCAAAUGCUGGAAUAAAAUUCACUCUGCGAAGUACCGCAGGAACGGGAGAAACUCGAAUUGUCGACUCGACAGAAGCAACUUCACGACGACGGUACAACCGGUGCAUGUUCUCAGACUCUGCUGUGCAAAAAAAAUAGGAUUUGGACGAAUGAGUCACACAGUGUCAAAGUGGAGCUCUUUCUAGAACAAACUUGGACUAAAUCUGCCUGGCUUCAAAACCUGAGACAAUUUUGUUUUGUGGACCCGGCUGCCUAAAACCAUUUGAAACUGGUUCAAAACGGUGCCAAUCCGGACCUCGAGUGUUCUCUAUGUCCCAUGUGGACAGAACCAAGUGACUUUAUUUUCUACUUCCCUUUGUGCCAUGAUACUAGCUACGUGCCUGGCUGCCUUUGCCUGCCUGAUAAUAGAACAAAACAAUCUAUUAACCUGCUUAACGUUUGUAUCCAAUAAUAAUAAUAAUGAUAAUAAUAUUGUUGUUCUAGUUCAAAAACAUGCAAUUUCAUACACUUUUCUUAUAUAUGUUAUUUUGUAAAGGAAAAAAAUGCUUUUUUUCAGGACUUGGUACUACAAAAUUAGUGCAUUAUUUUAGGUUUCUUUAGGUUAUUAUGGAAACGGUACAUGGAAAAGUGUGUGUAAAACUGUGUGAGCGCGUGUUUGUGUGUGUGAGGGUCAAGGGCGCGUCCGUCCCCGAUCGUGGAUGUAAACAAAAUGAAGGUUUGCUCUUUCAGUCCUCAGGGGUCACGCGUGUUGCACACCAGCCCGCCUUCUUUUUUUUUUCUAUUUGAGAAUUUUUAUGUUUUUUUCUUUUUUCAACACGUACGUAUGUUAUGUAGCUGAGGUAAUUUCGUUCUCUUGUACAAGGUGGGGUCCUCGAUUCAUGAUGGAAUUCCGUUCCUAGAACAACGAAGUAGUCCCAACAUUUUCAUGCAGUAUUACGACUUGUGUCACGUAAAAUUUGUAAAAUUACGAAUUGUUGCCGAUGCGAUUUUCUAACAGUAUUCAGAUUUUGUUCAGGUGAAAUGAAAUGUAUGUAAAAUUAUGAAUUUUAUUUCGUAUGUAAAAUAAUCCUGCCAUUUUUUCGUCAUAAUAGUAUGCCUUAAAAGCAUACCUUUUCUCUUAAAUGACUUUAUUCAUGUGCGUACAAUUGUCAUUCCUCGGAAAAUGACAACUUUUUGUUAAAUUAUGACGCUAUGCUCAAUAAUUUUAUUCCAGGGAUGUUUUUCAGGCAUGUAACUAUUUUCGUAAAAUUAACUUUUACUUGAGACAUCUUGAAAAAUGUUGCCUUUUUGCGUUGUAUUAAAUUACGAUAACAUAAAAUUAGGCAUUUUCUUGUCACUACUGAUCAAGCUAAACAACUUAUUGCCAUUAUUUUCUUAAAUUAUUGCAUACAUUUGUUCAUAUAUAUAGUUAGGCACCUACAUCUUUUUUCAAUCUAUCGGACUUUUCUCCAAUUUUGACUUUAACCAUGUAAACGCUUGACUGUAGUCGUACUGUUGUAGUACUUAGCUAUCGAUUAUUUUAGUAGUUGAUUAAUCCAUUAACUAGUUAGUUCGAAUAAUCGUGUAAAGGGAUUGGGAACAUUUAAUGCGUUAAAUACAUUUGAGGACAUGUAAAACAAAGGCUUGCUAAGAUUGCACUUUCAAAAGAGCAUUAAAUGCGAAUACAAAAAAAUACCCUAGUGGUUCUUCAAACGAUGCAGGAUUGCACUUUCAUUUAAAAAUCAAAAUACCUGAGCUCCUCAUCAAACAGUAUAAAAAAUGAACACCGUAAUUCUCGUCUUAUAAGCCGCUACUUUUCCCCCUCAUUUUGAAUCUGCUGAUUUAUUUGAGUUAAUGGGUAACACAUUAUUUGAUAGCGGCGUCAUAAGACUGUCAUAAAGCUGUCAUAAUGAUGACAUGACACUAUUAUGGGCAUUACUGAAUGCUUGUGACGGAUGUCAUUAAGUGUCAUCCGGCAAAUUACGUCACUAACUCCAUUAUGUCCAGGUCGGAUCUUUUACAUCCAUUCAAAAGUGAGAUCAUUUGCUUGAUGACACUAAAUGACAUCUGUUAUAAGCAUUCAUUAAUGCUCAUGACAGUGUCUUAUGGGGCCAAUGUCAAAUAAAGUGUUGCCAAAUACAAUAGCUAGCAAUUAACGAAACAACUAGAACAGUAACUGACGAAAUAAUUAGCACAGACGUGAAUUUUGAUUGUUGUUUACAUCUGUAGUGCCGCAAUGCAUGCUAGGAGGCAUGUUUGAUAACAACAGUGUUGACAGCAGGUGGCAGCAUAGGUUGACUUUCUCCCCAAAGGAGCAGUGAUGGCCAAAUGAAGCUUCUUGACGCAAUGAAGCUUUGCAGCCAACUGGUUCAAAGCUUCAUGGUGGUUCAUUUGGUCUUAUGACAGUCUUAUGAUGCUGCUGUCAAAUGAAGUGUUACCGGUUAAUAUCUUUUGGUGUAAGCAUCACAUAAUACAGUGAGGACAACUGCGGCUUACAAUUCUGUGCGGCUUAUUUAUGAACAAAUGCAAUUUUCUUGUCAAAUUUGGUGGGUAGCCCCUUAUCGUCAGGUGCGUCAUAUAGUCCGAAAAUUAUGGUAAAUGAGGAACUACAUACAACAAAAGAACAAUUGGUUAAUUUGCAUAGCAAAAGUCUGCUAGCUUAAAUGCUAUCAAAUGCAAACUUUUUAAUCAACGUGCUUAACAAAUCGUUCAAACACAUAUUUCCACCAAAAAAUGGCUAAAUAUAUCUAUAAAUUAAGAAUUCAUAAAAAAAAAACAUCAGCUCAAAAAACCGCUCAAAACAGCUCAAACAAAAAUGUAUGUUGGUCUUAACAGGGAGCAGCUGGAUUAAGCCAUGUUAAAUAAGUUAUGUCAAAUUCACUGUUGCCACUAGAGGGCAGUGUAUCCACCCAACUCAAUAAAACUAAAUGCAAACACUUUCAAAACAAACCAGGGCUGCAGCUAUCAAAUAUUUUAGUAGUCAAAUAAUCGAUGGACUAGUUCGAAUAAUCAAGUAAUCUGAUAAGGAACACGAAAAAUUAAAAUACCUGAGCUGAGCCUCAAACGGUAUAAUUUUUUGUUGUUUUUUUUAAAUGAGGAUCUAUGUACAACAAAAGAACAAUUGGCUAACUUACAUAGAAAAAGUCCGCUAGCUUAAAUGCUAAAAAAAAUUUUUUUUACAAUGCUCAUAAAAAUUGGUUCAGACACGUGUUCCCACAAAAAACGGUUGAAUAUACCUAUAAACUAAAUUAUAAAUGCAUUAAAAAACAUUAGGUCAAACAAAAACUUAUCUUACGUUGGUCUUAACCGGAAGCAGCUGGAUUCAGUUGGUCGGUUCUAAUCAAUAAAACUAAAUGCAAACACUUUCAAAAUAAACCAUUACAACGCUACUUUAAUUAAACGAAUACUCGAAGCAACAACAUUUAAUUUGAAUAUUUUUUUUCAAUUCGAAUACUAGAGUUAAUCGAUUAAUCAUUGCAGCACUAAAACAAACCUUUCGAAUUAAAUACUCGAAGCAGCAAAAUUCAAUUCAAAUCUUUUUUUCCAAUCGAAUUAAUCAAUUAAUCGUUGCAGCACUAGUAGUACUGCAUUAGUAAAGUAAUGAUAACAGCUGAUAUUUGUGUGCAAAACAUUAAAAUAUACAGGUAGUUCUUAGCUUAUGAACGAGUUCUGUUCCUACACUGGCAACGCACUCCUAUAUACCCCCAAAAUCUUGAAAUAGCUAUCGAAAAACAUGUAUCAUAGCUCAUAUUUAUAAAAUAAAGUAAAAAAUAAGAUACUGAGGUAAUAAGGUUCUGUUUACAAAAUGACGAGACUCCGGCGAAAUCACGUACUGUAAGUCGGGUACAUCCUAACCCGGGGACUACCUGUGAAAAAAAUUUUUUUUAAGUGGACACUUUUUUUUCAGCACUUGUCGAACUCGUUCCUUGCAUGCCGUCCGUAACUUGCUCAUAUAACGGGACCAUCGUAAACCGAGGACCCCCUAUAUACUCCAUGUUCUCAUUUUAUAUUAGGUCAACUUUCCGUGUUUCACGUUUGGGUUCAAAUCAAUAGUCUGUUUGCUCCAGGUUACCUCCUCAGUAGUGUUACUGAUGCAUUUUACUGUGCAAUCUCUUCACAGGAAAUUUCCUCGCCUCCCCAUUCCACCUGCUUUGUGUUUUUCAGCCAUCCAUUAGUCAUGUCUUGGUUAUUUAUCUGCAGAAUAUUUUUCUACUUAACUGUUUACAUUUGAAGUCAUGACAUAUCCAGGUUGGGGGGAGACUUCACCUGCCUUGCUGCCUUUAAAAAAACAAACAAAAAACACCAUAGGACAAAAAUGAAGGAAAAAGAAGCCUACGAAUGAUAUUUUUCUAUCCGUGAACAAAAUCACGCCUAGUGCCUGCUAACGUUUUUCCUACUUAAAAUGUUUGUCUCUGGUUGGAUUUACGCCACGUAUUUAAGUGCCCAAUCCAGAUUCAAUACCUCUAUCAAGUGACACAUAUCCAAUGAGGCUGUGUUUCUAUUCACUCAAGACAUGCAUCAACCUGCAACGUGCAUACGGCCGAACCGCCCAUCGAUAUCUCCACCAACACAAACAAGCGUACAUCAAGAAGAAACAUUGGAUCGCCUCCCAUUGAUUCAAACGUGGGUGACCUCCACAUUAUUUUUUUCUUACUUAAUGAUGGUUAAACCUAUAAUGUAGCCCGUCUUCGCCCUAUUUAAAUUAUCUGCUUUAAUUGUAGUUUGGAUUUAAAUAUGCAUGCUUUUUCCUCAACCUUUGGACUCAUAUGCUGGCUAUUUGUGUCUAGCUUGGGUCUUUUAUAUCAAACAUUUUAGCUAUGUUACUCCAAAUGUCAUCAAACUUUUGCAGUGGAAUGAAAAACUUUCUGAACCUUAUGGAAUUUCUCACAUUUCUACAUAAAAUAACCAUCAAAUGUGAUCUGAUCUUUGUCAAAGUCACACAGAUGAAAAAACAGUGCUUUAACUAAAACCACUCAAACAUUUAUAGGCUUUCAUAUUUCAAUGAUAAUAGAAUGCAAACAAUGAAAGGGGGGGGGGGGGAUAAGUAAGUGAACCAUCACAUUUAAUAUUUUGUGGCCCCCCUUUUGGCAGCAAUAACUUCAACCAGAUGCUUCCUGUAGCUGCAGAUCAGUCUGGAAAAUUAAUCAGGACUAAUCUUGGCCCUUUCUUCUGUACAAAACUGCUGUUCAGUCAGAUUCCUGUGAUGUCUGGCAUGAAUCGCUGUCUUUAGGUUAUGCCGCAGCAUCUCAAUGGGGUUCAAGUCUGGACUUUGACUUGGCCACUCAAGAACAUGUAUUUUGUUCUUCUGAAACCAUUCUGAAGUUGGUUUACCUCUGUGUUUUUUUUUGUUUUUUUUUUUGCUUCAAGUGUCUGACAGACGCCCUCGGGUUCUCUUGCAAAACAUCCUGAUAAACCUUUGAAUUCAUUCUUCCAUUAAUGAUUGCAAGUUGUCCAGGCCCUGACGAAGCAAAACAUCCCCAAAUCAUGAUGUUUACUCCACCAUGCUUCACGGUGGGGAUGAGGUGUUGAUGUUUGUGAGCUGUUCCAUUUUUCCUCCACACAUGACGUUGUGUGUUACUCCCAAACAAUUAAACUAAAUGUUUUUUUAGACAACAGUGGCUUCCUCCAUGGAGUCCUCCCAUGAACACCAUUCUUGGCCAUAGUUUUACAUAUAGUUGAUGUGUGCACAGAGAUAUUGGACUGUGCCAGUGAUUUCUGUAAGUCUUUAGCAGACACUCUAGGGUUCUUUUAUUUAUCUCUCUGAGUAUUCUGCGCUGAACUCUUGGCGUCAUUUUUGGUGGACGGCCACUCCUUGGGAGAGAAGCAACAGUGCCAAACUCCAUUUGUAGACAAGUUCUCUGACUGUCGAUUGAUGAACAUCCAGACUUUAAGAGAUGUGAAAAGUUCCAAAGGUUCAGAUACUUUUUCAUACCACUGUACAUAUUUUCAUCUGAUUUUGUCAUAUUUAACUUCUGUUUCAUGGACUAGAUCGGUUGACAACAAAAU